AUGACAAAGUUAUAUCACUGCCCUACAAACCUUGCAGAGUCCCACUUCCCCGCUCCUACACCUCAUCGACCACCAAAUGAAAUUGCUACUGUGAAACUAGAAAUCCCUUCACAUACACUGUGGGUGGUCUUCAACGUCUGUGUGCUAAUCUGCAGUAGUAGGCUGUCACCCAUAUCCGAUCUUCUUUAUGCUUCGCAUCCUACAGGAAUCUUUGGCAUCUAG